AAAAUGGGACAAACAUGAAGGGACGAAGGGAUAGAAAGGAUCAAGUUGUUAUAUAUACCUCCCUUCACAUAACAUCACUAUUUUCUCCACACUUCUUUUUUCACUUUCCCAUUCUACCCCUCUCCCCGCGUUUCCCUUCAUCAAAUCCACCCUUUUCCCAAGCCCUUUUUCGUCAAAUCAUAAAAAACCUCCGGCGGCGGCCAUGGACAUCGGCUUCAUGGAAAUGAUGCAAAACAACCCCGAUUUCUCCGCCGCCUUCGACGACGACAGCGACAACACCAACAACAACAGCAUCGAGGAUUUCGAAAACUUCGACGUCCAAUCGUACCAAGAUCCGUCGCCGGCGCUCCCUCCGGCGCCGAGAUCGGUGGCGGCGAUGAGGGAGAUGAUAUUCCGGAUGGCGGCGAUGCAGCCGGUACACGUGGAUCCGGAGUCGGUGAAGCGGCCGAGGAGGAAGAACGUGAGGAUAUCGACGGACCCGCAGAGCGUGGCGGCGCGCCACCGCCGCGAGAGGAUAAGCGAGCGGAUCCGGAUCCUGCAGCGGCUGGUCCCCGGCGGGACGAAGAUGGACACGGCCUCGAUGCUCGACGAGGCCAUCCACUACGUCAAGUUCUUGAAGAGACAGGUCCAGUCGCUCGAGCGGGUCGCCUCCGCCCGCCCCGAGGCCAGGUUCCCCGUGCCGAUGUCGAGCGGGAGCUAUUAUCCGGCGGCGGCGGCGGAAGGGUACCGUUGAUAGGGGGAUUGGAUGGUGGGGGUUAAUAUUUGAUGAUAAAAUUUGAUUUGAUUAAAGUGGUUAAUUGGUUGAUUAUAUAUGAGUUUAUGAUUGCCUAAUCAUGUCAUGCAUGCUUUUCUACAUAGAAUAA